AUGGGCGAUACUGUUGGCCCAUCAGCGUCCUUGGACUUUGAUCAGACAACCUCUCGCUUCCUCGCUUGGUUUACAUCUGCAGACGGUACGAGGAUAAGCCCCAAGGUUGAAUUAAAGGAUCUUAGGGCCCAGAAUGCUGGGAGAGGCGCCGUCGCCAAAAAUGACAUCGUCGAAGACGAGGAACUAUUUGCAAUCCCACGGUCACUAGUGCUCACCACAACCACCUCAAGUAUCGUACCUUCACUACUCGAGCCUCUCGAAGAUAUGGGAGCGUGGCCUCCUCUGAUCGUGACCAUAAUAUAUGAAUAUCUUCGCCAUGAGCAAUCGCCAUGGUAUCCUUACUUUCAAGUUCUCCCCACCACCUUCGACAGCCUCAUGUUCUGGAACCAGCAAGAGCUGGAAGAACUACAGGCCAGCGCUGUGGUCGACAAAAUCGGAAAGAGAUCAGCCGAAGAAUCAUGGAAAUCCUCUAUCAUCCCACUGAUGCUACAGCAUCCUGAUUCAUUCCCACUUGCCUCCGCGACAACCGAAGCAGAAAAGACCGCCAAGCUAAUCGAGCUCGCACACAUGGCGGGCAGUCUUCUCAUGGCAUAUGCUUUUGACAUCGAUCGCGACGAGAACAAGAACGAAAAUGACGAUGAAGCCUCAGAAGAUCAUGACUGGGAAGAAGACGACGAAGCCGAACCCCUCAAGGGCAUGGUGCCCUUGGCUGAUAUGCUCAACGCGGAUGCCGAUAGAAACAAUGCAAGACUCUACCAAGAAACUGGCUAUCUAGUAAUGAAAGCCACCAAGCCUAUUUCUCAAGGCGAACAGAUUUUCAAUGACUAUGGCCCCCUUCCACGGUCCGACCUACUCCGCAUGUACGGGUAUCUGACAGACAACUACGCUCAGUACGAUGUGGUCGAAAUCUCCUAUGAUCUUCUACUAGAAGUUUCGGGGAGGAAAACCUCUCAUGAUCCUGCUUGGAUACAGAAAGAAGAGCAGCUCGAAGAACUGGGCCUCUUGGACGAUGGAUAUGCAAUCACUCGCGCCGAGCAGGGCCUUAGCACCACACUGCCUGAUGCCAUCCCCGGUGAACUUCACAUGCUACUGAGAGCGUUAUGUACGCAUGACAAGAAUGGAGGCGCAAAUCUCAAAAAGCCAAAGGACUCCAUCACCGUCGAGGAGGCAGCUCUUCUGCAAUCUAUUCUCACCAAACGCAUCACCGAGUACAGUACCUCAUACGAAGCCGAUCAAGCCCUGUGGGCCAGCCUCAACCAAACCGGUUUCGACGAUGCAGAUAUUGCUGCGGGCAAGAGCCUGAGGCGAUGUUCCAUGGCCCUCCAGGUACGCAUGGGCGAGAAGGAGAUCCUCCACCAACUGCUCUCGAUAUGUCAAGAGCACAUCAAGCAGAAGUCCGAAGAGCUACGCGGUCCCAACAGCAAUGGGUUUUCCAAGCGAAAACACGAUGGAGACACAAACACCCAACCCAAGAAAGUAGCUCGAAGAUGA